UGACUCUUGUUCCCUGCCCCGGCUGCCCUUUUCACGCCUUCGCGGGGCCGGCCGCCCCUCCGGCCCCAGGAUGCAGAAUGUGAUUAACACGGUGAAGGGAAAGGCACUGGAAGUGGCUGAGUACCUGACCCCGGUCCUCAAGGAAUCCAAGUUUAAGGAAACAGGAGUUAUCACCCCAGAAGAGUUUGUGGCAGCUGGAGAUCACUUAGUCCACCACUGUCCAACAUGGCAAUGGGCUACAGGGGAAGAAUUGAAAGUGAAGGCUUACCUACCAUCAGGCAAACAAUUUUUGGUCACCAAAAAUGUUCCGUGCUACAAGCGGUGUAAACAGAUGGAAUAUUCAGAUGAAUUGGAAGCUAUCAUUGAAGAAGAUGAUGGUGAUGGGGGAUGGGUAGAUACUUAUCAUAAUACAGGUAUUGCAGGAAUAACUGAAGCAGUUAAGGAGAUUACACUGGAAAGCAAGGACAGUAUAAAACUCAAAGAUUGCUCAGCUUUAUGUGAGGAGGAGGAAGAGGAAGAUGAAGGAGAAGCUGCAGAUAUGGAAGAAUAUGAAGAGAGUGGAUUGUUGGAAACAGAUGAGGCUACAUUAGAUACAAGGAAAAUAGUAGAAGCUUGUAAAGCUAAAACUGAUGCUGGAGCUGAAGAUGCUAUUUUGCAAACCAGAACUUAUGACCUUUACAUCACUUAUGAUAAAUAUUACCAGACACCACGACUAUGGUUGUUCGGCUAUGAUGAGCAACGGCAGCCUUUAACAGUUGAGCACAUGUAUGAAGACAUCAGUCAAGAUCAUGUGAAGAAAACAGUGACCAUUGAAAAUCAUCCUCAUCUCCCACCACCUCCUAUGUGUUCAGUUCACCCAUGCAGGCAUGCUGAGGUGAUGAAGAAAAUCAUUGAGACUGUUGCAGAAGGAGGGGGAGAACUUGGUGUUCAUAUGUAUCUUCUGAUUUUCUUGAAAUUUGUACAAGCUGUCAUUCCAACAAUAGAAUAUGACUACACAAGACACUUCACAAUGUAACAAAGAGAGCAUAAAAUCUAUCCUAAUUAUUCGUUUUGAUUUUUAAGGAAUUAACCCAUAGUGACCAUUGACCAUAUUCACCAAUAUGUACAAUUUCUCUAAUAAAGAGACUUAUGUUUAUGCAUUAAAUAAAAAAAGUUCCACCACCAGCCUUAUUUGUUUAAUAAAAAUGAGUGUAAAGAGA